AUGUCGAGCCCUUCGCACCAGGGAAUCCUCCACCAAUAUGCUCCCAGACUAACCGCAUUCGAAUUCACCUCCAACACCCCCAAACCGAACGCAAUCCUCUUCAUCGGAGGCCUCACAGACGGCCUCGGCACGGUCCCCUAUGUGGCCCCACUGGCAAAGGCCCUCGAGCCAACCGACUGGUCCCUCUUCCACCUCCUACUCUCCUCCUCCUACGGCGGCUGGGGCGUCGGCAGUCUCGACCAGGACGUUGAAGAGAUUGCGCAAUGUGUGAAAUAUGUCCAGGAGCGCAAGCCCUCCGGAAAAGUCGUGAUCAUGGGCCACUCCACCGGAAGCCAGGAUGUGCUGCACUACCUGCACACGCCCAACCCCGUUCCGCAACGCCCUGACGAGUUCCAGGGAAGAUUGAAACAUCUUACCCGCCCGGAACUCGAUGGUGCUAUUCUCCAAGCUCCCAUGUCAGAUCGUGAGGGAUUGGAGGCUCAGCUCAAGGCUGACGAGGGAACGGCGAUGGGGAACGAGGCACGGGCUGCAUUUGACCAGCUCGUUGCGUUUGCAAGACAGCAGCCAUACACUAUUGGUGACUACCAGCAGAAACUAGACGCUCUUUUGCCGAUGAAUCUCACAGCGAAGGCCGGGUUCCCUGCUGACACACCUCUUAGCGCGCGGCGUUUUAUGAGUCUGGCGAGUCCGGAUAGUCCUGAGAAUCCUGCGGAGGAUGACUUGUUUAGUUCUGAUUUGACGGAUCAGCGGUUAAAGGAGACGUUUGGGGUUGUUGCGGAGCGGGGGCUGCUGAAGACGAAGAUGAUGUUCCUGUACUCGGGCAAUGAUGAAUAUGGGGCGCCGUGGGUUGAUAAGGCGAAGCUGAUGCAGAGGUGGAAGGAGGCUGCGAAUGCUGGAGGUGUUGAGAAGUAUGAUUCUGAGGGCAGUGCGGUGAUUCCCGGUGCCAGCCACAAUGUCAAGGCUGAAGGACAGGAUGAACUGAUUGCUCGGGUGACUCGUUACUUGACCAGUCUUUAA